AUGCCAUCCAUUCGACCUAAAAAGAAGCUCAAGGCUCUGCAUUGGGACAAGGUCGACACUCCUCAAGUGACUGUUUGGGCUGGUCACGCACCGACUGCUGAGCAGAAGGAAGAAAAAUAUACUGAGCUUGCCAAGAAGGGUGUAUUGGAUGAGGUUGAGAGAUUGUUCAUGGCCAAAGAAACGAAGAUAUUCGGGGCUAGCACUGGUGCGAAGCAACGCGCGGCCAAGAAACAGAUUAUUUCGAACGAUCUGUCCAAGAACUUCCAGAUUGCUCUGUCCAAGUUCUCUCAAUACCCGGCCGAGGAGGUGACCCGCAUGAUCAUCCACUGUGACAAGGAGAUUCUGGAUAACAAUGUCGUUAUGGACUUCUUGCAAAGGGACGAAAUGUGCAAUAUACCAGAGAAUGUCGCCAAGCUUAUGGCACCAUAUAGUAUGGAUUGGACGGGCCCUGGUGCCGCUACUUCCGAUCGUGAACAAGAUCCCUCCGAGAUUACUCGUGAGGAUCAGAUCUAUCUCUACACUGCAUUUGAGCUAAAUCACUACUGGAAGGCAAGAAACAGAGCGCUUGCACUGACACGCACCUACGAACCAGAGUACGAGCACAUUUCAACAAAGCUAAAAGAAGUCGCACGAGUCAGCGAGUCCUUGCGGGACUCUGUCUCGUUGAUGAACGUGCUCGGUCUGAUUCUCGACAUUGGAAACUUCAUGAACGACGCCAACAAGCAGGCCCAAGGUUUCAAGCUGAGCUCUCUCGCCCGGCUGGGUAUGGUGAAAGACGACAAGAAUGAAACUACCUUUGCCGAUCUGGUCGAGCGUAUCGUGCGCAACCAGUACCCAGAGUGGGAGGGAUUCCUCGACGAGAUCAGCGGUGUCAUUGGCCUGCAGAAGGUUAAUGUCGAUCAGCUCCGCACUGACGCUAUCAAGUACAUUGGCAACAUUAAGAACGUACAGUCGAGCUUGGACGCUGGUAACCUGAGUGACCCUAAGAGGUUCCACCCUCAGGAUCGUGUCAGCCAAGUCGUCCAGCGAUCUAUGAAGGAUGCUAGACGGAAGGCUGAGCAGCUGCAGCUCUACCUGGAUGAGAUGGUGAAGGCUUAUGAUGAUAUCAUGGUCUUCUAUGGCGAAGACAACGCAGACGAGAAUGCUAGACGAGACUUCUUUGCUAAGUUGAGCUCGUUCUUGGUCGAGUGGAAGAAAUCCAGGGAGAAGAACACGGCUCUAGAAGAAUCCAGAAAGCGCACAGAAGCAUCCCUCGCCCGCAAGCGAAUCAAUGUCAACCUCGCCAACAACACUUCCACCGCAGAGACAGCGCAGUCGCCUGCUUCAAGUGGUGCCAUGGACUCGUUACUUGAGAAGUUGCGUGCUGCAGCACCUCAAGCCAAGGAUCAGCGAGACCGCCGCCGUCGUGCCCGUCUAAAGGAGCGUCAUAAUGUCCGCGUGACUUCCGGCUCCAAACCGCCUGAUUCGGGCGAGGCGGAAGAAGGCGUAAACGGAGCCGAAAACACAGCUAACGGCGAAAACAAUGACGAGAAUGGACUUCUCAGCCCUCCAACCACCGCGGAUGAAGAUGGAAAGCAGGAAGCUCAAGUGUCUGAAGGCGAAGAUGUUGCAGAUCGUGCCGCCAGCAUGCUGCUCGGUCUGAGAAGUAACUCUGAUUCAGGCGGUGGCGAGCGCCAGAGACGGAGAAGAGAGAGCGCAGAUGAAGAGCGUCGUAAUCGCCGCAUGAGACGCCGCAAUCCCGCUACAGGCGGAAGCAAAGAUAGCGCGGAUGGCUCUAGUGGUCUUGCUACCGUUCAAGAGCCUGCUUCUCCUUCGCAGACAGACUUGAUAAUCACGGACGACCAACAAUUGCCCAGCCCACCCAACGAGUCUCAGCCUCCGCCUUCAAUUAUCGUGUCGGAGCAAGGCGAUUCAUUAUCACAGGAUCCCUCGGUUGACGGUUCCUCCCCUCACAAACCAACUGAUUUGUCGGAUUGA